UAAUCCUCCACUCCACUCCACUCCAUUUCCUUACCUUUCUUUCUUUUUACACAUUAUAUAUCAUUUCAUCCCACCGGCACUAGCUCCGGCCGGCCAGUACUUCAUUUGUAGCAGAAAGCACAAAUAAAUAAGUUAUAUCAUGGUUUUUGGUGGUGUAGUGUGGGAUGCAAUUGUUGUUGUGCUGACAAAAAGGAAAUGCUCGUCUUUCAAAGGAACAAUGAUGGUGGUCGAAAUUCAAAUUCUCCUUUAUUUAGCUUAUUAACUAUGCAGUUUGUUACCUUUUUGAGCUUAGCUUGAUGGAGGAAAUGAUGAUGAAGAAUAACGGAAGUGGCCAGAUAUGUGUGUGGGCUAAAUUUAAAUUGUAAAAGUAGAUAGAUCAGAGAAGUUGGUCUGUUCAUGUUUCAGCAGAUAAAGGUGGAGUGGAUGGGGGAGAAGGAGAAGAGGGAGAAGAAGAGUUAUAAGGGCACAGUCUGGUUCUCACUGAGGAGAUCUAUGCAGUGUAAGUCAGAGCCAUCAGAAGUCCACAGCCCGAAGACGACUGGCAGCAAAAGCAGGAAACACCGCCACCUGAACGCGAUCACGACGAGGAGUAAAGAAGGGGUGAGGUCUGGGUGUUCGAGGUCGAUCUCGAACCUCAAAGACGUGGUCAUCCACGGGAGCAAGAGGCACUUGCAGGAGAAGGGCAGCGCCAUUAUCAGCUGCAGCCCGAGGUCGAUUGGGAGCAAUGAGCUACUCAACCCAAUCACCCACGAAGUCGUCCUGCGCAACAACUCCCGGUGCGAGCUCCGAAUCACCAGCUUUGGCGGCUUUCAUGAGGGUCUGCCCGGCUCCUUUGUGGGCACCCUAAGGCCGGGCACCCCUGGCCCCGUAGGGGACGGGGCCAGGGCAAGCUCUCCUCCUACCCUUAUUUCCAAUAGGAGGGGGAGGAGGACAAGUUUGGUUUUGGGGGAUUAUUAUAAUAGUAAAGAUGGCUUUGGUGGAUUUUGUUCAAAAGGAAAAGCGGCAGAUGGCUUUGGAUCUUCUUCUUCUUCAUCAUCGUCAGUUACAUGUCACAGGUGUGGAGAAGAAUUUGGGAAAUGGGAAGCUCUUGAAGUACAUCAUCUUUCCCAUCAUGCUGUGACAGAACUUACUGAAGGUGACUCGUCAAGGAAAAUAGUGGAGAUAAUAUGCCGGUCAAGCUGGCUAAAAUCCGAGAGCCGCCCACCCGGCGGCUGCAGCGGCGGCGGCCGGAUGAUCGACCGAGUUCUAAAGGUUCACAACACGCAGAAAACACUCGCCUGCUUCGAAGAGUACCGGGAAAUGGUGAAGGCCAAAGCAGGCAAGCUCCCCAAGAAACACCCCCGGUGCCUCGCGGACGGGAAUGAGCUCCUGAGGUUCCACGGCACCACCGUGUCGUGCCCGCUCGGCACCGGGGGGUCCCACAGCCUCUGCGCGUCCCAACGGUGCCGCGUCUGCCACCUCAUCCGUAACGGGUUUUCCAUGGAGAAGGAUCCCAAGAACGGGAUAGGCGUGUUUACCACCUCCACCAGCGGACGAGCCUUCGAAUCCAUUGAGCUCCAGCGCGCAGCUGGGGGCCACCACGACGACGACGACAAGCACCCCAUGCCGAGAAAAGCUCUGGUGGUGUGCAGAGUGAUAGCCGGCCGAGUGCAUAGGCCUCUGGAGAAUGUACAAGAAAUGGCUGGACAGACUGGGUUCGACUCCCUGGCUGGGAAAGUUGGACUCUAUUCCAACAUAGAGGAGCUUUAUUUGCUUAACCCCAGAGCUCUGCUUCCAUGUUUUGUAGUCAUCUGCAAAUCCUAGAAUAUGAUCAGAUAAUAUUACCUGCUUAAUUUUUUUAGCUUAACUAGUAGUACGUGCAGUGUGACCUUCGGUGGGGGUUUGUGUAUCU